AUGGCAAAUCCGUCGACAGCGCUCUCUAUAGUGCAGGGCUCAACUGAACAUGCUCUCUGGGAGUUAACACUCGGUCAGCUCGUUGACCAGCAGGCUGAAAAAUUUGGCUGCAAAGACGCCAUCAUAGUCCCAUGGAGCUCCGCUCGCCUGAGCUUUAGCCAUUUGAGCCAGCAGAGCCAGGACUUAGCCAAGGGCCUUUUGGCCAAGGGUGUCGCGAAGGGCGACCGAGUGGCGAUAUUUUCCAGCGAUGAUGAAAGAUUCAUUGAGCUCUUCUUUGCUGUCGGACGAAUCGGGGCCAUUCUCGUGGUCCUUAACAAGACAUACACUGUGCAAGAAUGCGACAGAGCACUUCGAUAUUGCGGUGAGGAUUGUCGAAUUGAAGAACCUAAUAUUCUUUUUCUGGGCGAUAUUGUAAACCAGGCACCAUCCGGGCCACUGGUGCAGCACUUGCGAGUGCACCCAGUCCCAAGCUUAAAGCAUGCUGUCUUGAUACGAUCCGAUACAAGUGUCCAGGAGCAAACAAGCACUUGGGAUGAGAUUCUUCAUGCAGGGCGCCUAGUGGCGAAGUCUACGCUUAAUCAGGCCGAGAGUACUGUUCGUUGCAGGGAGGUGGUCAUUUUCCAAUUCACGAGCGGCACCACCGGGGUACCAAAAGGCGCUAUGCUUAGCCAUUUCAAUGUCAUCAACAAUGCACGCUUCAUAGGUGAGCGUCUGAAUCUGACCACAGAUGAUGUGGUGUGCUGUUCGCCCCCACUAUUCCACUGCUUCGGGCUUGUCGCGGGGAUGUUAGCCUCUCUCAUCCACGGAAGUACUACUGUCUUUCCACAUCGGGAUUUUGAUGCGCGCGCUGUUAUCGAUGCGGUGGUGAAGGAGCGCUGUACAGUACUGCAUGGGGUGCCGACAAUGUUUUCCGCCAUCCUGCAGCAGUUACACCAAACCGGGAUAGAGAUUAGGACACUACGGACUGGUAUAAUCGCUGGAUCCAAGGUACCCCCAAGUCUGCUAAGGGAGGUCCAAGAGAAGCUAGGCUUUCGGGAUAUUGCAAUCACUUAUGGCAUGACCGAGACUUCGCCAGCAAGCUUCAUGACCAGCUCUUCAGAUACCAAACAACAGAAAAUGGAAAGCGUCGGAACGGUGCUCCCGCAUGUGCGAGCAAAGGUGGUUGAUGGCCACAACAGGGUCUUGCCGCGGGGUUCUCGCGGCGAACUUUGCGUAUCUGGUUACCUUCUGCAACAAGGUUACUACAAGAAUCCAGAAAAGACAGCUGAAGCCAUGAUCUGCGAUGAGCAGGGGACAUUGUGGAUGCAUACAGGUGACGAAGCGUUGAUUGACGAGCAAGGAUAUUGCCAAAUCACUGGAAGACUCAAGGAUAUCAUUAUUCGAGGAGGCGAAAAUAUAUAUCCCCUCGAGAUUGAAGAACGGUUGAUAUUACACCCCGCAAUUGAGCAGGCUAGUGUUGUCGGGGUCAAAGAUGAAAAAUACGGCGAGUGUGUCUGUGCCUUCCUUCAGUCACGGCCCGGCCAUGACCGGCCGUCCCUUGCCCAGGUAAAGGACUGGGUGCGCGGAGGACUUGGGCGACACAAAGCUCCAGAAUUCAUAUGGUGGGUUGGGCCGCGUGAUCCAAUCAGCCAAUACCCUGCGACUGGAAGCGGGAAGAUUAGAAAGGACAUCCUGAGAGAGAUGGGAAAUGAGAUGGUUGAACACGCAAGAGCUCUACCAGCUAAGCUGUGA